UGUGUACCUCUAAGAUGGUGGCUGUAUGAUGUCAAUGCAUGAAUUUAUUGGGAGUCGGAAAUGAACUCAAACACAACUGGUUGUAAACAAGACAAUGCAGCACUGGGAACAGCUCCAUGAUGAAUAGCUACGGCUCCGCUAUGCACGGAUGGUUAAAAAUGCAAAUUCAUAGAAACGUACCAGAAGUACAAACGUGAUAUACUAUAGGGAAGACGAGUUCCGGUUGCCGUGUGUGUUUGGGUCAAAUCUUGCUCUAUGGUCAAUAAAAACUUAGCCUUACUACACGUUAGAGUACUAGGUCCUAUACACAAACAUGGACGCUAGUAUACCGAUAAUGGCAAACGCCAUCAUGUUGGUGUUUAGCAUCUUCUGUAUAUACACGCUGAGUUUGACGGGGGAUCGUCGCUACUAUACCAGCAGUGUAGACCUGCAAGGCAAGACUAUUAUUGUGACAGGUGGAGACACGGGUAUCGGUCGGGAGACAACUUUGGACUUGGCCCAGCGAGGAGCUCGAGUCAUCCUCGCCUGUCGCAAUCUACAGAAGGCCGAAGACGUAGCGAAGGACAUCACGAGUAGUGCGGGUAACUCGGAGGUUGUGGUCCGUCAUCUCGAUCUGUCCAGCUUGCAGUCGGUCAGAGAGUUCGCCCAGGAGAUAAACGAGCAGGAGAAAAGGCUAGACAUACUUAUAAACAAUGAAGCUCUCGUACCACCAACGGAAGGCUCGGCAACUGUAGACAACUUCGAUCUCGCUUUCGGCACCAACCACUUCGGUCACUUCCUUCUCACCAACCUCCUCCUAGAUCUACUGAAGAAGAGCGCCCCCAGUCGGGUGGUCACCGUUUCCUCAUACAUCCACAGAGUUGCUCAUGGGAUCAACAUGACUCGAAGUGACCCUGAUGGUGGUAAAGAUACCAUACUAUACCCGUACCUUAAGGGGUAUUCUAAGAGCAAACUGGCUAACAUUCUCUUCAGUAGCGAGCUGGCGAGGCGGCUGGAGUCCACCGGGGUCGUUGCGGUCUCGCUGCACCCGGGAGUUGUUUACUCGCCCGGGCUGCUGUAUCUCCCACAGAGGUUGAUCUUCUUGGACGACAAAGCAGCAGCCCAGACAACCCUGCACUGUGCCUUAGACGAGUCGGUCGUGAACCUUUCCGGUAGCUACUUCGAUAACUCAGAGGUGGUAGAGCCGUCGCUUAGAGCGCAGGACCCUGAGCUUGCUAAAGCACUCUGGGAUGCGAGCUGUGAGGCCACCAAAUUGAAUUGCUGACGUGGUUAUUACAAAACGCAAUUAAAUUAAUAAUAGGCUUCUUUCAAUAGACCCAUUGAAUUACGUCAGUAGUUCAAAACAGUCCCUCACUGAUAUCAGUGAAGACCUUUAGCGCUAGACUGGUCCCCUGUAAUAAGGACAGGUACUGAUUGAUGUAUACCACUGAU